AUGACGUCCACCUUCGUCGCGCAGCUGCGCACUAUCGCCGCAAAUUCUACGAGCGAACUCGAUCUGCGCGCCCGACGAGGUGCACACGCCGAAUCCCUCAUUUUCGACCGCAGUGUCGCCGUCAAGCAAGACUGGGAGACAAUAUAUCACGUAUGUGUGGAAGGCUUUCGAGAGCUGUGUUUACUGGAUACAAGACUGCAUGAAUUCGAACAAAACCUCUACAGCCCUCAGUCCAAAACGCAGGACCGAGAGCUGCUGAACAAGACACAAAAUGAAGCGUUGGGGCUCGUGAUAGAUCGAUGUCUUACUCUCCUUGGAUCCAAGGUGUUGCUCCGACCCGGCCUGAAAGCAGUGGAGUGGCUCGUGCGAAGAUUUCGGGUUCAUGUCUACAAUACGGAUGUGUUACUGGCCACAUUUUUACCGUACCACGAAACACCUUUAUUCGAGAAUAUCUUGAGAAUCGUCCCAUCAGACAGAUUUGUCAGUGGGUGGAAAUUCCUGGCGCCCUACCAUAAAGAAGCUGCCAGUGUUCCUCGACGAGUGGUCAUAUACAGCGCCACUCACAACGACGCCUUUUUCUCCCUUUUCAACGACUACGUCCUGCAUGCAUGCCAGGAAGGUGUAGCCCACUCGUCACUACUACGCUUUUGGGGCAGCGUCGUUGUCGAGGCGGUAACUGGAAGACUGAGUCAGGUCAGGAAUGGAAGAAAAGAAGUGCAGAAACAGCGGACAGAGGAUGUGCUGUUGAAGAUUUUACCACUGCUCAGUGAAGGGUUUGAAAUCAAAGACUGUCCAGAAUUUACAGUCACAUGUUUCACCAUUGUUCUCGUGCUAGCAGGCGGUGCGGAUCUCGGGGACCAGGUCAUCGACUCUUUGAUGAUGUCGAUCGCCCCCUUUAUUGCCGAAGAGACAUCCGACUCUAGGUCGGCUUUGGCAUGUUUGGCUAUUCUGGUCACCAAAAAGACCGACAUGAGAGUUCCCAGAAAUGUGCUUGACAUAUUCAUCAACACCGACGACAUAGGGCGACGACUGUCUGAUCUACUCAAAGUGGUGCCCUUGGCGUCCUUGUUCGAGGCUCUGAUCAGCUCUGCGACGUUCGCGUUGAAGCCCAAGAAUAUCGACAAAAGAAUGCGCAUUGUCGAAUGCAUAUUUCACGUCGCCGAGGACCACUGCGCAUCGGCAACAAAAAGUCGGCUCCUUGCACCGCUGCUUCGAAAGCUUUUCUCAACAGAUUCCACCCUUUCCGCAGAAUCGACAAGGUUGAUGUAUUUGCUUCAGACGCUGGCUGGCUCUUCAAAAUUCUCGCCGUCAUUCUCUCAUGCGAUGUCUUUGGCUGGCUGUACCCAGACGGAGGUGGAAGGUCUUCUCCAGCAAACAAUUGAAAGCUCUCGGCAACCACUCCUUGAAGACACACCUAUGGAACUUGACAAUCUCGAAGAUGAAUCAUUACAGAAUUCGGAGGAAGCCGAAGCCAUGCUUGUAUCCCUUCCCCCUCACACUACCGAGUCGUCGUUCCUCGCUUCUGGGAAUAAUCGCUCUCCUCUGUUUCACCAGCUUACUCGAACAUUCGCGCUAUGCCACAAGAAUAGUCAGCUUUUGGAACGAUUUGAGCAACUUCCGCUCUGGAACAAGCACGAAGGGAAGCCCGCCAAUCUACAUUUUACAUUCCUAUUGAGAAUGGCACUGGGCGCCUUUGCCACCCCUCAACGCAAUGCUGCGCUUCGGCUUCUCUCGGGAAUUAUCAAAGCGGAAUCACUGGGGCCUUUACAAGCUCUGAUUCCCUACAUUACCGUGCUUCUUUCUGACAACAGCCAACUUGUGCGACGAGCAGCCGUCGGUUGUAUGGCAGCUGUUCACGAGGCUGCUUCAAAAGAAGGGAACGGUGAGCAAAUCACCGCCCAAACGGUGUACGAUGACCUUGGCAUGCGGAACGUCAAACCCCUGCAAUCUGCGCAAGCAGUGAAGAUCCUGGGCCAAGUCUACUUGCCUUAUCUCGAAGAAUUUGUCCUGGAUCCUACUUACAUACGGAGAAUGCUUCAGACAACCUUUACUGGGAAUGACCGAACGCCCUCGUCCAAGGCUGGCGAUAUUGAACUCAAAAAGAGCACGAAGCAAGCGCUCUACGAUUUGUUGGCCGGCUGUGCUCUGGAAUGUUCUUUACUGCGAGUCAAGAUCGGCAUUCUCGAGCUCCUGGUCGACGUCCACAAAGUGGGUAGCUUAAGCACCAGCAAGAUUCUGUCGCCUAUCCUCGAAACCUGGGCAUCGCUGAAUCAAGAAGAAGCCGAAAAUGCCGCGUCAUCAGAGAGUCUUUCUUUGGACCAAAUAGAUGCUGUGGUGGUUCGACUCGUGAAUGCACGAGACAAGGACGCCGUGGAGCACAUUCUCUCGAUGCUUAUCGAAGAUAGACUCCAGCCGCGUGCUGCUCUGGUCAAUGCUUUUUUUGACAGAAUUACUGGCAUCUGGAAGGAUAUGCAUCAUGAAUCACAAAUCUCUGCUGCCCUACGCCUAUUUGAUAUGUGUUUCUCCAAAAACUCGGCCCAAGCUGCUGGAAGUCGUCAUGUUUUGCACGCAAUCAACCUUUCUACGGAGAUUCUUGCUGCAAUGCUAGACCGCUCAUUUUCCGGCCUUGCAGAGAUGCAAACAGAUGUCCCGCCCAGGAAAAGACGUCGUGUCAGCCAUGGGCGUGAAAGCAUACCGAAGGAUCUGGCAUUCGAACUGGAUAUCAGUGAGGCGAGAUUGACUCUUGCGCUGGAGCUUGUGGAAGAUUCCAAACCACAAGGACAUCUACAACUGCUCGGAGGCUUGUUCGAGGUAUUGAUAAUCCUCAGACGACUCAAGGACAAGGGCACAUCUGAAUCUCCAUACCUUCUCAACCUGUGUCUCAGCAGCAUAUUGGCAAUCAUCGACAACGCACGAAAGUCUCCAAGGUCAACCAUCGACUUCUCUAUUAUUCGUACCGACUUGGUCACGGAUUGUGUUCGAUCGUCAGAAAACCCACAGGUCCAAAGCACUGCUCUCCUUCUCUCGGCCGCCCUGGCUUCUUUGGCUCCAGAUCGGAUAUUGCAUAGCAUUAUGCCCAUCUUCACAUUCAUGGGUAAAAGCAUACUGUCAAAGGAUGAUGAGCGCUCAAUCUACGUUACCAAUCGAACCAUUGACGAAAUAAUCCCUCCUUUGGUUGCCACUUUGAAAAAGCAGGAUGCCAAAAAGCUUGUCCAUUCGACUUCAAGCCUGCUUUCCAGCCUCGUCACAGCAUACGACCACGUCCCUCAAUACCGAAGGGCCGCAUUCUACCAGCGGCUUCUCAGCAGGCUUGGUGCUGAUGACUUUGCGUUUGCGGUCAUAGCUCUUCUCGCAUCGAGGCGACAUGCGGAAGAUAUGUCCUCGUUCUUUGCAAGCUUGAUGGCAGACCUUUCGGCAUCAACUCAGCUGUUGACCUUUAGAAAGCUUGUCGAGUUGAGUGUUGAUAUUUUCUCCGAGGAUCCUCACGAUGCCGUUCCCUUGCUAGACAUCAGCAGAAUGAGCUCGGAUGAGAAGAAGGAGCAAGAAGCAUUAACCUUACUAGAAGUGGCUUCGAAACUCCUCCAGUCCAAGACCCUCAAAGCGCAGGUAAAGAUACUUUCGAAAUCUGACGAAGCCGGAAAUGAAACCUUCUGGGUUGAGUUCGGUGUCUGUAUGACGCGCGUCCUUAGUAUGCUCAAAUCCCAGAAGUCCAGCCACGGCAGUCUGACCCCAUCGACGAGGAAGUGUUUGAGCUCGCUCCUUGAACUACCUUCCCUCGCCGACCUUCUCAAGAUCAUGCCCAAUCUACUACAGGACAUGGCACAAUCCGAAGAAGGUCAGCAGGAGCUCCAGCCUCUGGCGCUUAGAGUUCUUGCGACACAGCUCCAACAUACUGCUCCGAGCUCAAGGGAUACCAAGACGCAAACGCAAGCCAUUGCAUUUCUCCCAACUCUACAGCACACUAUCCGCAGCACGGACGAUGAGGCACUCAGGCAUGCAGCGAUUGCGUGUGUUGAUCGCAUAACUGAGGCAUACGGACGCAAGAACCCAGAAGAGGUCAUCAGCGCCUCUACCGCCCUGAUUGAAAGCGAAUUCGGCCUAGAUUCCCACAAUGAAAGGACAAGGAUCAUGUCUCUACUCUGUCUUGCCAGCACGACGGAGGUGCUUAAGGAAGGAAGUGUCCCGAUAGUGGUACAAGCCCUUCCCAAAGUCUUGCGUCUGUUGGAGUCGUUCUUAACUCGACAAGGUGAAAGCAACACCAGCGAAGGCCGAGCGGAACUGCACGACGCUUGCUUCACGUUGCUUUCUUCGUGCAUCACGCACACUCCCUUUAUUAUCAGUGACGAAAGCAUUACUGAGAUUAUCAGUCUAUCCUAUCGCUCGUGCCUCGCAGAGCCGGACGAGGUCUCACGCAAGGAGGCUCGACUUGAGACGCUGAGCCUCAUGGCACAGCGAUUGGACUUGAAGACGCUCGUAAACAGCUUGAGUCAGGCUUGGAAACUGGCGGUGGCAUCCGGCGAGAAGGUCGAUGGAGAAGCGAUCACUGAAUUCCUUGACAUGCUUUCUCAAGCAAUUGAGCGCAAUUCGAAAUCUGCCGUCGUGGGUGCUGCCGAUGAGAUAUCGGCUUUCAUCCUGGACGUCCUGGAUCUGCGACGGCUCAUCCAAGAGAGAGACAAUGCUGACAAACAAGCCCAUGCCGAAACUGUCGCCUUGUCGGACAUUGAGGAUGUGGAAAGGAGACUUCACGAGUUGGGCAUCGUGUUCAUUUACAAACUCAACGACACUACAUUCCGACCCAUCUUUGAGGGAUGGGUUAACUGGGCGACCCGAAAGAAUUCUGGGACUUCCACUUCUGCCGAAGGCAUCUUGCAGGAGGAUAUGGCACGGCUGGCCAGACAAGCAAGCUUCUACCUCUUUGCCACGCAUUUCUUCGCGACCCUGAAGAGCAUCGUGACGAGCUACGCGAGCUACCUCCUCCCAUCCGUGAACGAUGUCUUGCAGUCGGCCAUCGACGGUGCCUCGUUGCCGGUGCGUGGAACGAAGUUGAAUGCCGCAGAACAAAAUUCUGAGACGAAACCCUCCCUGCACAUUGACCUGUCAGAAGACACUGGCCUGCAACUGUACAAGUCGACCAUAACGCUAUUGACGACGAUCGCGACCCACGAUGCAGAUGGAUUCUUUACUUCGCCCUCACAUUUCCAACCUCUGGCCAAUCUUCUCGUUGGGCAAUUGGGCCUUGCCUCGUCUCCCAAAUCCCGAUCCAAAUCCACACCUGUAGGCAACACUAAGCCCAAGAGCAAGGGUAAAGCUAAGUCGUCCUCGUCUUUGCGGGGCAUGAUCUUCGACACGGUGAUCCCAUGCAUCGUGGCCCUCGCGACCGCCGUGCAAGACGUGCCUCCGCACCACCACGUCCUGAACCACCUGCUCUGCCAGCUCCGGCGCAGCCCCUCGGCGGCCGUGCGCCUCGCCAGCAUCCGCACGCACAUGACGCUGACCGAAUCCUCGGAGGUCGGCGACGAGUGGCUCCAGAACGUCGUGCUGGGCCAGUCGAGCACCGCCGCGACCGAGGUUGGUGGGGGUGGUGGAGUCGCGGUCGGCGGCGCCGGCGAGACCAUGGUCUACGUCAACGAGAUGCUUGAGGACGACGACGAAGAGGUCGAGGGCGCCGUGAGGGAUUGGGUCAGGACCGUCAGGGAACGCGUCGGCGAGGACGUUUUUGAGUUUUAG